AUUGCCAACAAGUGUUCCAGAUUCUAUCUUCUAUAGCCAAAUACUUCGAGAGCACUAUUCUAAGUUUGCUCGUUUCUUGAACAAGUUCUACAUCAUUCGGCUCUUGAUAUCGUUGGCGAUCAGUUCUAGUGACUUGUGAGACGAUUGUACAAUAACAUUUUUAAGUAAUUUAAAAAUAGUAAUUGAUAUCAAUUCCUGUUAAAACAUUCUAUUGGAUAAAAUCUAGUGGACGCAGUGGAGCUGCAAAAGGAGAAAACGAUUGAAUUUUUACAAUUCGUUACUUUUGUAAUAGUUUUUAUAGUAAUAUCGUUAUAUUUAUACCGAUUUGCUUUUUAAAACAUAAAAAGAAAAACAAACAUUAGCAAUGGCUAAAGUCCCGGCUGUUGGCAUUGAUCUUGGAACGACGUAUUCGUGUGUCGGGGUUUUUCAACAUGGCAAGGUCGAAAUUAUUGCCAACGAUCAAGGUAACAGGGUCACCCCAUCAUAUGUGGCGUUCACUGACACAGAACGUCUAAUUGGAGACGCUGCCAAAAACCAAGUAGCAAUGAAUCCAAACAAUACAAUUUUUGAUGCGAAGCGUUUGAUUGGGCGCAAAUUUGAUGAUACAACGGUACAAAGCGACAUGAAGCAUUGGCCUUUUGAGGUUGUCAACAGUGAUGGGAAACCGAAACUCCAAGUUGAGUUUAAGGGGGAGAAAAAGUCAUUUUUCCCCGAAGAAGUUUCCUCGAUGGUUUUAACAAAAAUGAGAGAAACUGCUGAAGCAUAUAUGGGGAAAACCGUUAAGGACGCUGUUAUUACUGUGCCAGCGUAUUUCAACGAUUCCCAGCGUCAGGCUACAAAAGACGCUGGUGCCAUUGCUGGCCUCAAUGUCCUUCGAAUAAUAAAUGAGCCAACAGCUGCAGCAAUUGCUUAUGGCUUGGAUAAAAAAGGUGACGUAGAGCGAAAUGUUCUGAUUUUCGAUCUUGGUGGUGGAACCUUUGACGUUAGCAUACUCACCAUUCAAGACGGCAUAUUUGAAGUCAAAUCCACUGCUGGUGAUACUCACUUAGGUGGAGAGGACUUCGAUAACAGAAUGGUAAAUCAUUUUGUGCAAGAAUUUCAACGGAAGCACAAAAAAGAUUUGACAGCAAAUAAGCGCGCAUUGCGACGAUUGCGGACUGCUUGCGAAAGAGCCAAGCGAACAUUGUCUGCAUCCUCACAAGCAAGCAUAGAAAUAGAUUCACUUUGCGAUGGCAUUGAUUUCUACACCUCGAUCACAAGAGCUCGUUUCGAGGAAUUAAAUGGGGAUUUAUUCCGGGGUACUAUGGAACCAGUUUCUAAGGCUAUUCGCGAUGCGAAAAUGGAUAAAGGCCAGAUCCAUGACAUUGUUCUAGUUGGUGGGUCCACAAGGAUACCAAAGGUGCAGAAGCUCCUACAAGAUUUCUUCAACGGAAAAGAACUCAAUAAAUCGAUCAACCCGGAUGAGGCAGUCGCUUAUGGAGCUGCCGUCCAAGCUGCGAUUCUACAUGGGGAUAAGUCGGAAGCCGUUCAGGAUCUUCUGCUUUUGGAUGUAGCUCCGCUUUCUUUAGGAAUAGAAACAGCUGGCGGUGUAAUGACUGUUCUCAUCAAAAGAAACACCACCAUCCCGACCAAACAAACUCAAGUGUUUACAACAUACUCCGAUAAUCAACCAGGUGUACUGAUCCAGGUAUUCGAAGGUGAACGUGCUAUGACAAGGGACAACAAUUUACUAGGUAAAUUUGAAUUAACCGGAAUACCACCAGCACCACGAGGUGUCCCUCAAAUUGAGGUAACUUUUGACAUAGAUGCCAAUGGUAUUCUCAAUGUGACAGCUAUUGAAAAAUCCACGGGUCGGGAAAACAAGAUUACCAUUACAAACGAUAAAGGGCGUCUUAGUAAGGAAGAUAUUGAACGAAUGGUUAACGAAGCCGAAACCUAUCGAAACGAAGAUGAAAAGCAACGUGAACGUAUCAAUUCCAAAAAUGCUUUGGAAUCUUACUGCUUCCAGAUGAAGUCCACAAUCGACGAUGCAAACGUUAAGUCCAAACUUUCCGAUUCGGAUCGUCAAAAUAUUCUACAAAAAUGUAACGAAACUAUUGCUUGGUUAGAUGGAAAUCAGCAAGCUGAAAAGGAGGAGUACGAGUAUAAGCAAAAGGAACUCGAACACAUUUGUAACCCCAUAAUAUCCAGAAUGUACCAACAAGCAGGUGGCGGCCCAUCACCAUCCCGUCCAUCUGGGGGCUCGAGCAGCGGCCCCACAAUCGAAGAGGUUGACUAAGCCAGGAAAAUCUAGAACAAAAAUAUGCAAAUUAAAAAAAAAACAACACACAAUCAAAGAAUACUCGUUUUAAUUUUAUUGGCCAUUUUCAGCUAAUAACAAUAUAAUUUAUUAGUGUUGUUUGCAUCUCCUGUUUAAAUUGCUCACAAUAAAUCAAUUUAUAAUUUAUCUAAAACACAAUUUUUAAUUACUAAAUAAUAGUUCUAUUUAUCUAUCUACACUGUACUUAAUGCGAUAAGUUUACAAUAGUAGGUUCAAUUUUCAUUUUGUUUGCUUUGUCUAAAAUAUAAUAUAGAAGAUAUAAGACUUUAAAUAAAUGUCAAUAUUUUCGAUACGUUUAAGUUGACACGUAAUUUAACGCUUGUUCAAAAAAUUAAUUUCGAUAUGUUAAACAUUUCGAUGGUCGUGUGUUUUGUAUUUUGGUUAAAUGUCCGGUUUAACUAUUUUGUAUGUUAUGUAGAAACAUUUUUGUAUGUUUUUGCAAAGGAUUUUAUUUUUAUAGUAAUGAUGAAAUUAUAGCAACAAAUGUUGUAUGUACAUAUGAAAUAAACUAUUAUGAGACUA